AAUAUUUUUGAAUAUAAAUUAUUAAAAUUCUUUUUACGAAUAAUAAUAUUAUAUUUACGCGUGUCUUAAGGUGUAUUAUAAAUGCAUAUGAUAUAAACUCAUUGAAAAAGAAAAAGAGUAUAAAAAUUCCGAAUGAGGUCCCAAUCCAAGAUGUCUCAUUUAUGAGAUUCACCGAAGAUUCCAGAGGAUUGGCAAUCUUAAGUAAAGAACCAGAUGCCUUUUUGAUUAUCUUUUAUUUUGAUAAAUCGGAAACGGUUAUCAUUGGUCGAGUUUCGAAUGGCAAUCAACCGAUGUUGGCGGCAGAUGUAAUAGCAUGUAAUAUAAGUGACGCUGGACUAGUAGCAGUUGCAGGAAAGUUUAUGUUUAAAUUAAUGACACGACAGGAUAAAAGUUUCGGUGUAAUUGGAACGAUGUCCGGAGAGCAUAAAAUUAUCACAUCAUUAGUUUGGCUGACAGCAGAAACACUCGUAGCAGGAACUUCAACCGAUCAAUUGUAUUGUAUGGGUUAUUAUUAUUAUUGUUAUAGGUUAUUCAUUGAAGGUGGCGAUGCAAAGCAAAAUUUCAUCGCUAGCACUGUACAUUUGCUUGACUUGGAAAAGGCCAAAGAGAGCGAUGGUGACCAAUCCCAUUUAAAAUUGAACCCAGUCUCAAGUGGUACAAACGAAACCGAUGUAAACUGUCUUACUAAUUUCGAAAGGGGAUUCUGUUACGCACAGUUCAAUCGACUGUUUGUGUUCGAAAAGGAGAAAUCGUAUGCUCGAUACACAAGACGCUCAAUUAUCAAAAUACCUAUUGAUUUGUAUUCAGUGGAUUCAUACAAAAUCACCAAUGUAUCAGUAAAUGCUCAAAUGGAUUCAGUUAUUGUCACUACAUUUCAUAGUCAAAUUUAUAUUUCGAAAUUGUUCGAUCCCGAGAAUAUUACAUUGCAAAAUCUGGAUUUUGUUAUGCUAGGAGAACCAUUACAUAUAGCAAGCAUAAUUUCUAUGUCGAUAUGCUCUUGGAAGCCAAUUAUCAUGACCGCUUCCAAAGAUUUUACUGUUCGAAUUUGGAACUAUGAAGUGAAUAAAGUGGAAUUAGUAAAAAAAUAUCAGUACGAUAUCACUGCUUUGGCGUUGCAUCCGAGUGGACUAUUCGUUGCCAUUGGAUUCUCUGAUAGAUUGCAUUUAAUGGAAAUUCUUCUGAGCACAAUGAAAACAGUUAAAGCAUUUGAUUUUCCCAAUUGUGAUGAAGUCGUUUUUUCACAUCAGGGACAUCUGCUAGCUUGUGCCUACGGCAGCCUUAUAACCAUUACAUCGGUGUUUUCAUUUACCAUUUUAGGAUGUUUACAAGGUCACAAUGGAAAGGUAUUGAGCAUGUCCUGGUCGAUUGAUGAUAAAUUUUUGGUGUCAUCUGGGUCUGAAGGAGCCAUCUAUCAAUGGUGUGUCACUACUAGAACACGUGUCAAUGAAUCGGUUGAAAAGGGAACGGCAUUUCGUUCGUUAGCACUUACUCAAGACACAUCAAUUUAUGUGUGUACUAACACUGGUUUAUUUCGCGAAAUCCACAACUCGGAUAUAAUACGAGAAAUUGACCCAAGCGCAGGUAUUCCAUUAACACAAAUUGCUUUAGCAAGAUCAGACAUGAUGUUGUUCGUUGGCACAGAAACAGGGAAUCUAUACAAUAUACAAGUUCCAUUUUUAGAAGCUGGCGGCGGAACAUGUACAAGAUACAGAUUCUUUAGCAAUGCAAUUUCAUGCAUGAAAAUUACUUUCGAUGAUCGACUAUUGGUGGUUGGUUCCGAGGAUGGUACUCUAAUCAUUUGGGUUAUUCUAAAUACAGAAGGCAAAACAGCUCCCGUUGACAUUGAUCAUGGCAAAUGUUCGGAUAUUAUUGUGCCACGAUAUGAUCUGAUAGAGAAAAUCGAACAAAUAGAAACGUUAGAAGCACGUUUAAAUCAACAACUCUCAGAGCAUUCAUUCGAAUUAGAACAUGCAAAGAAGAUGCAAUCUCUUGAGCUGCAGAAAACAUCUGAAAAAUAUGAGAAAACCAUAAAAAAGUUAAAAGAAGAACGCCAAUCGCUAGAAUUAAAAUACCUCGAAGAGCGAAAUAUUAUUCAAUCGGCCAUUGAAGAAAGAGAUUCGGAACAUUCUACAGCUAUUAUCCAAUUGGAGGCUAAGCUUAACGAGAAAAUUUUAACUGAAUUGGACAAAUCAACUGAAUUAAAGGUGAAAAUAGACAAUUUAAAAGAUGAUUAUGAACAGAAACUGCAAAAAGCUGCCAAUUGUCUCGAAGAGACCAUCGAAACAUUCGGAAUUAGUCUUAAAGAAGAAAUGAGCAAACGACAAGAUCAAAUACAAACGCUUGUUGAUGAAAUUCAAACGAAAAAGGAAGAAUUUUUCCACUAUUGUACCCAAUUGAACUUGGAUAACGAUCGAGUGGUGGCUAAAAUAAAGUUGAACUAUGAGACUAUGCUGAAAGAGUCCAAUGAUGAUUUGUUAAAGUGGAGAACUGAGGCCAGCAUUUUAACCAAAAAGAAUGACAGUACUUCUACAGUUUGCGAUCAAUUGCGCAGUGAUAUUUCCCUUUUACUUGAUGAAUUUGGCAAAAAUAAAAAAUACAUUUGCCAAUUAGAACAAAAUAUGUCCGAAUUACAAAUAGAAAUUGACAUUCGGAAUAAAAUAGUUUGUGAAAAGGAAGUUCGUUUGAUAGAAUCACUGGAAAAAAAUGCUACAAUGGAAAAGAUGAAAAAAUUUCUUAAUGAAAGGGCCAUUCAAUUGGAAGCUCAAAUUAAACCACUUGAUGAGGAUAUUAAACGAAGCAUUCGUAAAUUCAGUGAAAUUGAGAAUUUAAAGAAAAAUCUUUUAUGGAAAAUUGAUGAUUUGAAUAUCAGAAUUCAAUUACUGCGGAAUCGAUCGAAAGCAAUUGCAAAUGAUUUAAACACCGAAAAGAUCAAGAACCUUCAUGUUCAAACCAUAAUCAAACGAAUCCUUGCGGAUAUUUGCUAUAUGAUGGAACACAUACAAGAUUUACCUAAAUUGAAGGAAAUUGCGAUGAAAUUGUUCAAGCGACAUGUAUCAUCAAAACAAAUGAUCGCAAUUUCGAAUAAACUUGAGAUUAAGGAUGAAGUUGCCAUCAUGGAAAAUGAACUUGCGACCACUAAAUUUAUGCCUAAGAAAGUAGUAAAACAAGCGAAAAUUGAAGAAAAGGAUGAAGUGACUGGACACUCUGAUCGAAUGAAGCUAAUUAAAGAAAAUUUGUUUUUGCUAUCCGAAAUAGAUAAAUUGAAGCAAACGAACGGUUCCCUAACUCAAAGAAUAUAUUAUCUAGAAUCGAUCAAAAGAGCACAAGUGAAAAAGUUUUAA